UUAAGAUGUAAUUUAUUACUUGAAAUUCAAUUUCCCCAACAAGAACAUUCGAAGAGUUAAAUAUGUUUCUUCCCGCCCUCUUGGCAGCGUGUGAAUAGUAGUGACUGAGUCAGAGCGGGAGUGACAGAGGAAGGAUGAAGGAGUGGGAGGGGUAGAUGUUCAUGUCAAACUAGCUUCGUAAAUAUAAACAAAGCCUCGCAGUUCAAGAAAGUGCCAUUGUUUUGUGCCUAAAGGAAACAGAGGAAGCGUGGUGAUUUGUUGCUCUGCAACGUGAUUUCUACCAAAGCGUCUAGACACAGAUGGAUAAAAAAUAAUUCAUUAUCCUUUUCAGACAUGAGUGUGCUGAACAAGAAACUUGAGAAGGAUGUGAUGGAAGAAAGCAGUGUAGAUGUUGGAGUAUUGAAACGGAAAGACAAGUUGGAUGUUUUAAUUCUUAACACAGGACAUCUUACUAGAAAGACAACUUAUACAAAGAAGAAGAGAAACCAAAGAACCCUUGUUAACUUCAAUUUACCAAGACCUCAGAUGCAGUCACUGAAUGGGAAGAGACCAAAUAGUCAGCGAAUGCAGCCAGAUAUAACUACUCCACAACACGAUGAUUUAAUUAAAUACAUAUGUGACUCGUGGAACAAAGUCACAAGAGAACUAGAAAACUUUAGUCAAAAUGGAUCUGAAAAUGGGAAAGGAGGUCCUUGUGUUCUUUAUUAUGCAGAACAAGAUACAAAUCCUCAGUUGAAAGAUUUUGAACCUUUUGAUCUGGAAGCUUGGUGGGGCCAACGUGUUGUUAAGAAUUACAAGCAUUCACAGUCAACACCAUAGUUAAGCAUGAAUCUUUUAUUAUCAACCAAAAUUUCAUCUGCCAUUGAAUAAAGAACAAAUAAUUUUUCAUUACAUUAUUUAACAAAGAUGGUUAGAUUACACAACUUGUGAAAAACCAUGAUAAAUUUCCCAUGUAACAUUGCGAGUGUUUACUGGCAACAGAAAUUCUAAAUUAUUCUGAGUUAUAUGCACUUGUUAAAGGACAAACACUUUUAUUCAUAGUUCUUAAUGAAAGUUGUGAUCUAACAUGUCUCUGAAAAGCUUAUGAACAGGAGUACACAUGAGAAUUAAGUAAAUACUGUUAAGAAUGUUGAGACACAUGGAAAGAAUUUCACAUUCCUAUUUCUUUCAACUAUGACACAGCCCAAUUAUUGGUUGAAUGUAUUAUACCUUAUUUAUUGAAAUUAUGUUAUCAUUUUUCUAUAGUUAAUUGCAUUGUAUUUUUGUUUGUAAACCUGUGUAUAACACUUUCUUUUCAUGUGAGAUUCCAUUACCCAAUAGAAGAAAACUUCAUACAAGUGCCUAGUGGUUUCUUUUGAUAAUUUAUUUAUUUACUUCAAAAGGACUCUUAGGUAUAUAUUGAAUAGUUAUCUCACAUGAAGAGACAGUUUGGUAUUUCUCAUUAUUAAGUAAUGUACACACCUUCAAUAAGAAACAACAUAGUUUUUUUAAGGUGUAUCUAAUUUUGUGGGAAAUACCUAUAGAUAAGGUAAAAUAAGUAAUUAGAACUUCUGACUUUGUUAGUUUUUGUACAACACAAAAACAAAGCAAUACUGUAUUUUUAAGAGACGUAGACUUGUUUAUUUGAGUCAGAAUUUCACUUGCAAGACUAAAAAUAAUGACACCAUUUUUAUACCAGAUAUAUUGUAAAAAUGACGUUUUCUUGAUGAUUGUAUUGACUGUAACUGUUGAAUCUUAUUGGAUCGUUUUGUAGAACUUAGAUUUGUAAAUGAAAAGCUUCAGUCAGUGAAGUAAAAUUUAUAGUAAAAUCUUCA